UUGAAAUUAGAAAUCUGCAAUUGAUGCAGAAUGAGAGUAUGAUUAUUGAGAAGGUCAGUAAACUGGAAUCUGUGCUAGUUUUGUUGAGUAGUGAUGUGACCAGCUUUGGUGGCAGAAUUGAUACUAUAGAGUCCGCUAUUGAGCUGAAUGAAUCUGAAGAGCCAGAUCUUAUCAGGCGUUUAAGAAGUGAUUUAGAUGCUAUUGUAACUGAUAUAAAGGAACUGCAGCGUGAACUGAAGCUCCUCCAUUCAGAAAGUUCAGCUGAGAUGUUUGAAUCCAUGCAAAGUGAAAUUCUGAAUCUUAAAUCUGCUGUUGCAGUUUUACAAGAUGGAAGAGAAUACGCGAUGUCAUCAUUAUCGGUUAAUGAGGAUAUUGUCAAUUUGAAGGGGGCUAUUACGCAGCUACAGACAGGUACAGAUUUAACUGCCUUAACGAACCUCCAGACUGAGAUUACGUCUUUAAAAACUGAUAUAUUUGAGUUGCAAGGGUUCAUUAAUGCAGGUACUGACACUAAACUUGAUAUGCAGUCACUGUUCAGCAGAUUGGAUUCAGUGGAAACAAAUAUCAACGUUAUUCGAGCAACCAACUCUGAACAUGAAUCAUCCAGUGUACAAAGCAGUGGUUUGUUCAGUCAGCUGAAUAGCGAGAUUGCAUCUUUGAAGUUAAGAAGCGAUGCUGUCAAACAACUUCAACAAGAUGUUGCUGUUCUGAAAGCCGACCAACGUAUCAGUGAUAUCCAGACUGAUGUGUCGUUCUUGAAAACUGAAUUUGCUUCUAUACAUCAUUUACAAGAUGACAUGACUUCACAUAACAUGAUUUUUAGUCAGCUGCAGAGAGAUAUGGCUUCUGUGAAAGUAGACAGGGAUGUAAUUAGUGAACUGCAAAGUGAGGUUGCAUCAUUAAAGCAAGAACUGCUCCUGCUAUUAGCCAGGACUCAAUCGGAGUAUUGGAUGACUAAUUCUGAACAUUCAAGAACUAGUACUGAGAACAGUGUUCUCAUAAUGAGUGAUAUCAGUGGUUUGGAACGUGAAAUAUCAUCUAUCAAGUCGGAUCUGGCUAGUUUAAAUCUAAAAGCCUCUUUUGCAUUGCAGCAAGACCUUGACAGUAUUUCACGACGAGUUAGAAAUGUAGAAAGUGACAUUGUUUCCCUCAAGUCAGAAGUCAUCACUGUCAAGAGUUCAUCACAAGCUGCUGAUGCUGACUUAUCAAGUUUUACCCUGCGUGUACAAAAACUGAAUUCUGAUUUGAACUCUAUGAGAAUAGAUGUUGACACAUUAAUGCAUUCUAUGAAAGACACUACUACUACUAGAUUGCAGGAGGCAGAGGCUGCAAUACUGGCACUGAAGAUGAGCAGAAGUGCUGAUGCAUCUAGUGUCGCUGAUGAUGGUGAUAUGGUAAAUAUCAUGGCUGAUGGCACUACAGUGAAGGUCAAAAAAGAAACUAUUCUCAAUACUGCAGAUGGUGGAGGAGGUUGGUUUUCUACUGAGGAUGGUGGCCAGUUUGCUAAUGAUCUAAAAAAUAUUAAAGUUGAUGUGAAUACUCUCAAGGAGAAACAUAUACAGAUACUUAAAGAGCUACAUAAAUGCUGCAGAAAUGAAACCUUUUUUACUAUUUUGAUAAAAGACAAUAUUGCUGAUAUCCUCAAUCAGGUACUGGAGGAAGAUGACAAGAUAGGUGGAUGGUUCCAUGAUCACUUUGUCACAAGAGAUGAAUACAGAACUGAUAUACAAGAGCUAAGAGUCAGAUUGCAAGAACUAAUUGUCAUGAGAAGUAAAUAUUACAAGAAAACAGUAAAUAUCAAUCAGACAGAUUCACAUCAUGCAUCAUUUGUUGGUGAUAUUUCCAUCACAGAAGAUAGAAUUCGUGAUAUUGUAAAUGAUGCACUCAAUAUGUAUAGUGCUGAUAAGAUAGGAAUGGUAGACUAUGCUUUAGAGUCAGCUGGUGGCAGUGUUAUUAGCACAAGAUGUUCUGAAACCCAUGAAUCCAAGACGGCAUUACUUAGUAUAUUUGGUAUUCCACUAUGGUAUUCGGCAAAUUCGGCUAGAACGGCUAUUCAGCCUGAUGUACAGCCUGGUAAUUGUUGGGCAUUCAAAGGAACUGAAGGUUAUUUAGUUAUCCAUUUAUCAGGAGUUGUUAAACCUACCUCAUUUUCAUUGGAGCAUAUCCCAAAAUCUUUGUCACCCAAUGGAAAUAUUGACAGUGCACCCAAAAAUUUUAGUGUUUGGGGUUUAGAUGAUGAACGUACACUAGAUGGUGUUCAUUUAGGUACAUAUAUAUAUGAUCAGGAUGGUCCACCAUUACAGUUCUUCAUUGCUGAGAAUGAAGAUGCUGCUUCGUUUCCAAUCGUUGAAUUGAAAAUCCACAGUAACCAUGGUAACAUAGAGUUCACUUGUCUAUACAGGUUUAGGGUACAUGGUGUUCUUCAGAAGAAAUAGCAGACCUUGGAAGAUAAAUAAUUUCAUCCUUGUCUCUUCAGUUCUGACAUAGUUGACAUUUGUAGUCUUUAUUUUUGGAACUCGGUACACCUAAUACAAUGUGCAAUGAUUGGUAAAUAUUUUCUAGAUGUAUUUCUAUCAUAGAAAUGCUUGGAAACAAAUCGCACACCAUGACACUAUAUACUAGGAGCACAUAUUGUUCACAUUGCGUCAAUGAACAUUUGCUGUCAAAAGGGUAAUCUGUCUCAGUAAAAACACAUGACUUAUGUUCAUAUUGCAGCUAAGAAAAAGAUUCUUUUGUCAGUCCUCAAAAUAGAUUGUGUGUGACUGAUAAAGUGUGGCUAAACUUUCAGUCACAUAUUUUUUCAGUUAGUUAUUUCAAACUGUUUAAUGAAAAACGCCGUCUUUGCUUGUCUGUAACACAUUUAACAAUUGACCCACCUUAAAACUGGGUCUGCUCAUUUGAAUAUAUCCCAUACAUAUAUUUUGUCAAUAUUUACGAUAACAUCAAGAUAUAACAUAGAUUUAUUUAUUUAAUGUAUAUUUCAUAUUUAUUUAGUUUGUAUUCUAGAAUUAAUAUUUGUGUUAAACACAGAAUAUUUAUUUUUGAAAACCUGCAUACACUAUCGGGGAUAAAUUGAAAAACUUCCAUGAUGCAAGACCCACCUGCUUUGAUUUAAUGUGGAUGAAUUUACCGUCCAUCACCAUUUUUGUAUGUAGACAUUGUGCAAAAUAACAGAAAGAAGGCCAUGAAGGAAUAUAUUUUUUUUUACUUUCAUUUUGACACAAACAUCCAAAUUUGUCAUCUUUUAAUUCCAUGUUUAUAACAGCAUGGUAUCCAUAAAUGAUCCGUCAUCCCACCAGCAUCUAAAUUUUAAUAUGCAUGCAUUUGAUAACCCAGAUAAGAUGAGAUCAAACAUGCUAGCU